AUGAAUCGUAGGCGAAGAUUUAGUUUUGGUAACAACUACUCGGGCUUAGAAGUGGCCAUAAAUUCUAUUGGAGAAGAUAGUGAUGCUGAUUUUGAGUAUGACUUGGCCAUCAUUCCCCCAGAACCCAGUGUCGUUACUGAUGAAGAAGAAGGUUUUGAUAAUGAGAUUCUACCAACUAACUUGCCGAAUGAUGUUCCGGGAAAUAUAGAGGUAUUUAUUCGCAACGAAGGUGAUCUUUCUGAAAGCAACGAUGACGAACCACUAGCCUCCAAGAGAGCUCGAAUCAGAUCCUCUCUGCCUCAAGCUGCAGGUGACCAUUCGACAAACUCAACGGCUUCAAUGUCGACCAAUCCUGUCUGGCGUACGUGUAAUCCAAUUUGCACCAAAACUUACAUUGAUGAAUGCUAA